CGCACGAAUGAUGGCAUUGGAUACAGUUUCAGGACUUUACCGAGUUGGGAAUUAGCUGCAAUCUCCAAGAUGCCGUCCAAACCUGCCCCAAUCAAGAAGGCGGCAAAGAAAGAACCAGCCAAGAAGGAGGAGAAGGCUCCGGAGCCCGAGAAGGCUCCUGAACCCGCCCCGGAGCCCGCUCCAGCCGAGCCUGCCCCAGCCCACGCUGAGGGCGAAGCUGCACCUGCUGAGGCGGCUCAUGCUGAGGGAGAGGCCCAUGCUGACGCGCCAGCUGAGGAGCACGCCGCAGAUGGUGAAGCUGCCGAGCCGCCUCCACCAGAGGAGGUUAAACCACCCACACCUCCACCACCUCCACCCAAAGAGCCCACAAGUGCUCCCGUGGAUCUCUUUGUUGAGGAUAAGAAUGACACCUCAGUUACCAUCAUGUGGAGCCAGCCGGAGAAAGUUGGGCCGGAUGGUCUGGAUGGAUACACCAUUGAGAUCUGCAAGGACGGAACUGAGGACUGGAAAGCAGUCAAUGAGGAUCUGCAGAAGUCCUGCCGCUACGUUAUCAAGAACCAGACCACUGGUGACCGUCUGAAGAUCCGUGUGGUGGCUAUGAACGCCGGUGGCCGCAGCCCUCCUGUUGCGCUCCCCGAGGCUGUCCUGGUGAAGGAGGUUGCUGAUCGUCCCAAGGUUCGCCUGCCUCGUUUCCUCAGGCAGAGAUACGUCGCUCAUGUUGGAGAAAAGAUCAACCUGACCAUCCCCUUCCAUGGCAAACCCAAACCUGUGGUCACCUGGACAAAGGACGGACAGCCCCUGGACCACAAGAGGGUGAACAUCCGCAGCACCGACAGAGACAGCAUCCUGUUUAUCCGUGCAUCCGAGAGACCUGACUCUGGAGUGUAUGAGAUGUGUGUUAAGGUGGAUGACUUUGAAGACAAGGCAUCACUCACCCUUCAAAUUGUUGAGCUGCCUGGGCCUCCUGCCACUGUAAAGAUUGUGGAUACAUGGGGCUUCAAUGUUGCUUUGGAGUGGACUGCACCCACCGACAACGGAAACACAGACAUCACAGGUUACACAAUCCAGAAGGCUGACAAAAAGACUGGAGAAUGGUACACCGUGUUGGAGCAUUACCAUAGACUUAAUGCCACCAUCUCUGACCUCAUCAUGGGCAACACCUACAAGUUCAGAGUGUUUGCUGAAAACAAGUGUGGAAUGAGUGAGGACGCUGCUGUCACAAAGGACGAGGCCAAGAUCCUUAAAGAGGGUAUCGACUACAAGCCUGCUGAAUUCAAGGAGCACGACUUCUCUGAGCCACCCAAGUUCACCACCGCUCUGAGUGACAGAUGCACCACUGUCGGCUACAGCACCAAGCUUCUCUGCUCUGUCAGGGGACAACCAAAACCCAAGAUUCAAUGGAUGAAGAAUCAGAUGAUUAUUGGAGACGAUCCCAAAUACAGGCAGAUCUGCGUCCAGGGUAUCUGCUCUCUGGAAAUCCGUAAGCCCGGUAACUUUGACGGAGGUGUGUAUGCCUGCAGAGCCAAGAACGAUCACGGAGAAGUAACUAUCACCUGCAAGCUGGAGGUCAAACAGCCAGGUGCUGCAGAUGCAGAGAAAGACAAAGAAAAGAAAUAGAUCAUCACAGGAGCAGAAGGAAUGAGGCCUUUACAGCAUAAGGAAGGUGCUGGAUUCCUGGAAGAACAUGUAUAUAUGGCUGGUGACCAUACAACCAAAUAGGUGUUAUAAUGAACAAUUGUUGUCGCUCGAUGCCUUUUUCUUUCACUACAGUAUUAAGUCCAUAUCCAUGUCCACAAUCAGCUUUUUCCCCAAUGACUGUCUAUAAUAACCAAAUUAUCAGAUCUGCCAAAUACUGAACCUCUAAAGUUUCUCAUCCUGUCAGUCGAACUAGGAGAAUUUUACAGCAUGAAGGAGAAUUACAUGUAACUUCUACGUGUUUAUACCAAUAAAUCAUUUAAUUUCUG